ACAGACGACCCAUCGUUCUUCAUGCUAAACAGUUUAAGCUGUAGCCUCUCGCUUUGGUUUUCUGUUGAUGCGUUGCCAUGGUAACGGUAGUUGUGCCCAGUCGAUGCCAUGGUUUGUAAGCUUGUUUGUUUAUCUUGAGAAAAAACUGCGUUAGCUAGUCAAUGUAUUAAUGGAGCUCAUCGGAAACAGUUACAAAGGACAUACAAAAAAUGGCAGGAUGGAUGGAAAAGGAGAGUACACCUUUCCCACAGAGACCAAGUAUCUGGGAGAGAUGAAAGAUGGGAUGUUCCAGGGCAAAGGAGUGCUACACUUUCCGAAUGGAAGUAAAUAUGAGGCCACCUGGGAAAACGGCAUAGCUAAACAGGGGUCAUUCACCUUUGCUGAUGGUCUGCAGUACCAGGAGAAGGACUGGGACUACUGUGAUGGUUACGACAGGCGCUUCUACAGUGAGAGGUGCAAUGGACUCAGACCUGCAGGAGAAUCUCAGCUAACUGAUCUGCAUCCGCCACGCAUCAUUCCUGAUGGAUGUUACGAUUGUGGAGAUGGUUUCUAUGACCCCAAUGCCAGAGUUGUCACUUCCUACACUGGCAGAUUCCUCAGGAAUGCAGAUGACUGCGAACAUGAGUGGAUUGUGCGGACUUGUCGGAAAGCUUGGGAGGAGGUUGCUGAUGUUGAUCCUGAAAAGUCUGUUGCUACCAGACCUGAAGAGACCAGCAAUAUCAAGUGAUACAUUUUUUUAAACUAAUCUUUUUAGCAUCUUAUUCGUAUGUAUAGCCUAUUAAAACUAUAGGAAAAAUGUUGAUUUUUUUGUCUUGUAUUUAACUUCUCUGUAUAAGACAUAAUGAAUGAAAAGCAAAACCUUAGGUUUAUAUUUUAUCUUUUUAUGUUGUGGUGUGUGUGUGUUUUAGAGAGGUUUUAAAAGGUAAAGAUUGAGAAUUUACAAGCAACACAGUAUACAUUCAAGUCUUUUAUUCAGUUUGAUUAAAUAAACUGUGAUCAUUUUAAAUGUA